CUCUGUGGGACACGUGGUUGCUUUGUGCGUUCAUUUUUCUUGCAAGUUUUCUUUUUAUCUACAUCUUCGCCUUUGCUCAUUUGGUGUCGAUUCAUUGAGAGCAACGCAUCUCUACGGAAGAGUCAACAUUCGCUGCUUUAAUUAAUAAUUGUAGAAAAUUUAUUAAAAGCAAAAAAUUUAAAAAAGCAAUUGCAUAAAAUACAAAAUUUAUUGUUAAAACAAUUUCAAAUUACGCCGUUAGUAAAUUUUGUUUAAAAAUUUAUUAGUGCCAAAGAAAAAAUUAAUUCCAUUUAUCCCAAAACACAUCAAAGCCAACAAUAUGUCUGCUAACAACGUAGUGCCCACCAAUGGUUUUGUAGCAACUCCCGCUGAAGAUAAUUUACAAGAUGGUUUAUCUUGCCAGGAGUUGUUUGCCAAUGCUGAGGGUUUGACCUACAAUGAUUUCCUUAUCCUGCCCGGUUAUAUAGAUUUUACUGCCGAAGAAGUAGAUCUAAGUUCUCCACUUACCAAAAAGAUAAAAUUGCGUGCCCCCCUGGUCUCUUCCCCCAUGGACACAGUUACAGAGUCGGAAAUGGCCAUAGCCAUGGCUUUGGGUGGUGGCAUUGGCAUUUUACACCACAACUGCACUCCCGAAUACCAGGCCAAUGAGGUUCAUAAGGUUAAGAAAUACAAACAUGGUUUCAUCCGUGAUCCCUCAGUUAUGUCGCCCGAUAAUACCGUGGGUGAUGUUUUGGAAGCCCGCCGCAAGAACGGUUUCACCGGUUAUCCCAUCACCUCGAACGGUAACUUGGGCGGCAAACUUUUGGGUAUUGUCACCUCACGCGAUAUUGAUUUUCGCGAAAACCAGCCUGAAAUCAAAUUGGGCACCAUAAUGACCACUGAUCUGAUCACUGCUCCCAAUGGCAUUAAUCUACCCAUGGCUAAUGACAUUUUGGAAAAGAGCAAAAAGGGCAAAUUGCCCAUCGUCAAUGAAAAUGGCGAAUUGGUGGCCCUUAUAGCACGCACAGAUUUGAAAAAGGCUCGUUCUUACCCCAACGCCUCGAAAGAUAGCAAUAAACAGUUGUUGGUGGGUGCCGCCAUUGGUACUCGUCCCGAGGACAAGGAUCGUCUUAAGCUUUUGGCUGCCGCCGGUGUUGAUGUUAUUGUUUUGGAUUCAUCACAGGGCAAUUCCAUUUAUCAGGUUGAGAUGAUUAAAUAUAUUAAGAAUACUUAUCCUGAAUUGCAAGUUAUCGGUGGAAAUGUUGUUACCCGUGCCCAAGCUAAGAAUCUGAUUGAUGCUGGCGUUGAUGCUUUGCGUGUCGGUAUGGGUUCCGGUUCCAUCUGUAUUACCCAAGAGGUAAUGGCCUGUGGUUGUCCCCAAGCCACCGCCGUCUAUCAAGUCUCCACAUAUGCCAAACAAUUCGGUGUACCCAUUAUUGCCGAUGGUGGCAUACAAUCAAUUGGUCAUAUUGUUAAAGCUUUGUGCUUAGGCGCCAGCGCUGUUAUGAUGGGUUCUUUAUUGGCUGGUACUUCAGAGGCUCCCGGUGAAUAUUUCUUCUCCGAUGGUGUACGCUUGAAGAAAUAUCGUGGUAUGGGUUCCUUGGAAGCUAUGGAGAGACGUGAUGCCAAAGGUGCCGCCAUGUCUCGCUACUAUCACAACGACAUGGAUAAAUUGAAGGUGGCUCAAGGUGUUAGUGGCAGUAUUGUUGACAAGGGUUCCGUUUUACGUUACUUGCCCUAUUUGGAAGUCGGUCUACAGCAUAGUUUGCAAGAUAUUGGCUCCAGAUCUAUUGAUGAAUUACGUGCUUCUAUUUAUACUGGUAAAUUGCGUUUCAUGAAACGUACUCAUUCCGCUCAAUUGGAAGGUAAUGUACAUGGUCUUUUCUCCUACGAGAAGAGACUAUUCUAACA